CUUUCAACACGCAUUACAAACGUCACCGAUGUCCACGGUUUUGAUAAUGUUGACUAUUUGUGUAAAUUGAGCAAGCCAUCUACAAUGACUGAAGAUCAAGAUGUUAAAGAUUCACAAUCAGACUCAGGCAGCAAAACUUUUGCCAAAAGCAAAGAUAAGAAAGCAAAGCUUCAACGGCCGCUGACAAAAAUAAUACUGCGACGGCUGCCACCUUCUAUGACGGAGGAAGCAUUUUUAGAACAAGUAUCGCCGAUACCGGAUCAUGAUCACUUUUACUUUGCUAAGCCAGAACCAUCUCUGGGCAAUAAUGUUUACUCCAGGGCGUAUAUAAAUUUUGUAAACGUUGAGGAUAUAUAUCUCUUCAGAGACAAAUUUGACGGUUACGUGUUCUUGGAUGAGAAAGGUGUUGAGUAUGUAGGAAUUGUAGAAUAUGCACCUUUUCAAAGGAUCCCAAAAAAGAAGAAAAAGAAGGAUCCAAAAUGUGGGACUAUUGAGAGUGAUCCUAUUUAUCAGGAAUUCGUAGAAAACCUCAGUAAAGAUCAAGAUACUGAGAAUCAACCAAAACUUGAAUAUUCCUAUCCUGUUAUUGACACAAAUGACAAAAAAAUUCAGUCAACCCCUUUGUUAGAAUAUCUUGCUGCACGCAAGCAAGAUAAGAGAGGACGCGAUGAACGCAGGAGAAGAGAAAAUGAUAAACGUAAAAUGAGAAUUGAAAGAAAAUCUAAAGAUGCUCCUAUUAAGGAAGACGAAUAUCCUGAAAAUGACAUCAAGAAAAUUAAACCAAGAGAUGGAGAAAAGGAUAAGGUAAGCAAUGAAAAGGAUGAUGACAUUAAAAGUGACAGCAAGGAUAGUACAAUCUUUGAAUCCAAAACAUACAGAGAUCAAAGAAAAAUUGGCAGCAGUGCAAUUGAUAAAAAGAAAAAGAUAGACAGCGAAAAAAAGGAAAGCUCAAGCAAAGAUGAAGAUCAAGAUGAUGACAAAAUUGGCAAAAAAGAUAGACGUGACAAGUUCAAGGAAUCUCCUCGUGAACAAAAGAGCAAAAAAUAUAGUGACACCAGAAAGGAAAGGUUAAAGCAAGUAGAGUUGGGGAAAUCUGAUAAACAGUCUGUUAUAAAUAAAAUUAUGUUAUCUGAAGGCAAAUCCAAAUCUCUAAAUCAUGAUGAUAUUAAACCAUUCACGCAAUUGCCUCAAGUAAAGACUGAUGAUUUAGCAAAAAUAAUUGAGGAUUUGGACCGCAAAGCUAAACUUGAUGAAGACCUUAAAUCACAGAAGGAGUAUCUGCGAGAAAAACUUAACUUAAAAUUAAAACUUGAUGGUGAAAUUACUAAAAUAAGAAGGAACAGUUUUGACGCUGGUGACAUGCCUAGGGAGGAAUCUGCUUUAAAGCGACAGAAUUCUCUUGAUGACAGAAGCAAAUCCACUGACAGAGAGGGGUCUGAGGAGGCAGAAAAAAAUGACAGCAUUGACCAUCGUACUGAAAAGAGAAUAAGGAAUAAGGACCGGCCAAGUCUGGUUAUUUAUCAGCCAGGCAUGGGCAAGUUUAGUAAACAACGUAUGGCAAAGGAAAAAGACACGCCGCCAAUAGGUAAAUCUAUAAACGAAAGCGAAAAGAAAGACACUUGAGACGACGGCCACGGAACCCGAUAUUUGGACAUCGUUCAACGGAAUCACCCUGAAGCUGGCAUACACGUCCUUGCAGAUAGUAGAAGUGGACACUGACUGUGCUAACUGAGGGACCUAAUGUGUUUACUCACAGCUGUUGUUCUUUAUUGUGUAGUAAUUUACGCGCAAAUGAAUUCAACGUUGUUAUAAAAAUCAGUGUAAAAGCAUACAAUGCUCUAUAUUUUCAGCUUGUGACUAUUUUAGUUCAGUUUCUUUUAUUUCUUUUAAAUAUAAUUCAUUUUAAAUGGGA